AUGUCUUUCGAGGUAGGGACCAGAUGCUGGUAUCCCGAUGAGGCCGAAGGAUGGGUUGGUGGCGAAAUUUCAAAGUUUGAGGUGAAAAACGGUAAACAUUUUUUGGAGCUGACUUUAGAAGAUGGGUCUGUGGUGCCAAUAGAAACAAAUCCACUCUCGAGUAGCAACGGGAAUGGGAACGGGAGUGGCAACGAAACAAGCGACAAGCAGCCGCAAUUGCGUAACCCACCGAUUCUUGAAGCCACAGAGGAUUUGACAUCGCUGUCGUAUUUGAAUGAGCCGGCGGUUUUGCAUGCGAUCAAACAGAGAUACGCACAGCUCAACAUAUAUACCUAUUCUGGAAUAGUUUUGAUCGCGACUAAUCCAUUUGACCGUGUUGAUCAGCUUUAUUCUCAAGACAUGAUUCAAGCGUAUGCUGGUAAGAACAGAGAAGAAUUGGAACCCCAUCUUUUUGCGAUUGCAGAAGAAGCAUAUAGAAUGAUGAAAAAUGAUAAGCAAAAUCAAACAAUUGUUGUUAGUGGUGAAUCAGGUGCAGGCAAAACAGUUUCCGCCAAAUACAUCAUGAGAUAUUUUGCAUCUGUGGAAGAAGAGAAUUCUUAUGCGGUAGAUAAUGCUCAACAUCAAAGCGAAAUGUCAGAGACUGAGCAAAAAAUUUUAGCUACAAAUCCGAUUAUGGAAGCAUUUGGUAACGCAAAGACAACAAGAAAUGAUAACUCAUCAAGAUUUGGUAAAUAUCUUGAAAUUUUAUUUGAUGAUAAUACAUCCAUUAUUGGUGCAAGAAUUAGAACUUAUCUUUUAGAACGCUCAAGAUUAGUUUAUCAACCACAGAUGGAAAGAAACUAUCAUAUUUUUUAUCAAUUAUUAGCAGGUUUAUCAAAAGAAGUAAAAGAUGAAUUACAUUUAACUGAAGCAAGUGAUUUUUUUUAUAUGAAUCAAGGUGGUGAAACAAAGAUCAAUGGUGUUGAUGACGCUGCUGAAUACAAAAUUACUAUUGACGCAUUGACUUUAGUCGGUGUCACAGAAGAUACUCAAAAGGAAAUUUUUAAAAUCCUGGCAGCACUUUUACAUAUUGGUAAUGUUGAAAUUAAAAAGACAAGAAACGAUGCAUCUUUAUCAUCUGAUGAUCGUAAUUUAAAAAUUGCAUGUGAAUUAUUGGGUGUUGACUCUUACACUUUUGCCAAGUGGAUUACAAAGAAACAAAUUACUACUAGAUCUGAAAAGAUCAUUUCAAAUUUGAAUUACAAUCAAGCAAUUGUUGCAAGGGAUUCUGUUGCAAAAUUCAUUUAUUCUGCAUUGUUUGAUUGGUUAGUAGAUAAUAUCAAUACAGUACUUUGUAAUCCAAAAGUUGCAGAUCAGAUCAGUUCAUUCAUUGGUGUUUUGGAUAUUUAUGGUUUUGAACAUUUUGAGAAAAAUUCAUUCGAACAAUUCUGCAUCAAUUACGCCAAUGAAAAAUUACAGCAAGAGUUCAAUCAACAUGUUUUCAAAUUAGAACAAGAAGAAUACGUUAAAGAAGAAAUCGAGUGGUCUUUCAUUGAAUUUAAUGAUAAUCAACCAUGUAUUGAUUUAAUUGAAAAUAAAUUGGGUGUUCUAUCAUUAUUAGAUGAAGAAAGUAGAUUACCAGCAGGUUCUGAUGAAUCGUGGACACAAAAAUUAUAUCAAACGUUGGAUAAGCCACCUACUAAUAAAGUUUUCUCAAAACCAAGAUUUGGUCAAACAAAAUUUGUUGUUAGUCAUUAUGCUCAUGAUGUUACCUACGAUGUAGAAGGCUUCAUUGAGAAAAACAGAGAUACAGUUUCUGAUGGUCAUUUAGAAGUCUUGAAAGCUUCAGUAAAUGUUACUUUACAGAAUAUUAUUCAAACAAUGGAAGACACUGCAUCAAAAGUUGAAGAGGCUAAAAAGGCACAACAGGAACAACUGAAAAAAAGUGGUCCAACGAGAACAGUCCAAAGGAAACCAACAUUAGGUUCCAUGUUCAAGCAAUCAUUAAUCGAAUUGAUGGACACUAUUAAUUCAACAAAUGUUCACUACAUUCGUUGCAUCAAACCAAAUAGUGAAAAGGAACCUUGGAAAUUUGAUAAUCUAAUGGUACUUUCCCAAUUACGUGCAUGUGGUGUUUUGGAAACUAUUAGAAUUUCGUGUGCUGGGUUCCCGUCGAGAUGGACAUUUAGCGAAUUUGUUUUAAGAUACUAUAUCUUGAUAGAUUCUGAUGAGUGGUUUGAAAUUUUGAAUGAAGAAGGAUCAAGUGAACAAAGCGUUAUUGAUAUUUGUCGUAAAAUUUUACAAGCUACUGUUACUGAUAAAGAAAAAUACCAAAUUGGUAAUACUAAAAUUUUUUUCAAAGCUGGAAUGCUAGCAUAUUUUGAAAAGUUAAGAUCUGAUAAGAUACAUAAAUCCAGUGUUCUAAUUCAAAAAAAGAUAAGAGCAAAAUAUUACCGUGAAAAGUACUUAGAAAUCAUCAAAUCAAUUAAACUAACUCACGCCAUCUCAAAAGCAUAUGCAAUUCGUCAAAAAGUUCAUAGAGGAUUAAUGAAUGAUGCUGCAUUGUUGAUUCAAACACUAUACAGAUCCCACCGUGAACGUGCAAAAGCUAUGAAUACCUUAAACAGCAUAAUAAUGAUUCAGUCAAUCGUAAGACAACAGUUAACCUUGAAAUGUUUACAAAGUCAAAGAGAAUUUGACGCUGCAGUUUCCAUUCAAAGUAGAAUCAGAUCAUUUUAUCCAAGGAAGGCUUUAUUAAAGUCAAAGAAAGAUACUGUGACUGUUCAAUCAUUGAUUAGAAGAAGGUUUGCACAAGCCAAGCUGAAAAAAUUGAAAAGCGAAGCUAAAUCUGUCAAUCACUUAAAGGAAGUUGGCUAUAAAUUGGAGAAUAAAGUUAUUGAGCUGACUCAAAAUUUGGCUCUAAAGAUUAAAGAAAAUAAGACAAUGGGUGCACGUAUUGAAGAACUCCAGACUGCUAUUGCAUCUACCGCAGAGUUACGCAAGGAGUUAGAAAUUCAAAAGAAUGCGCAUGCAAAGGAUCUCGAGGGGAAAGACUUAGAACACGAUACUCGUUAUAAAGAAGUUGAAGAUCAACUGGAUCUAGCAAAUACUGAGCUUGAGGAAGCAAAGGCCGAGAUUACUGAUUUAUCUGCGAAGCACAAGCUACUUAAAGAUGAGGUAGCUCAAAAACUAGAGGAAUUGAAGACUACAAAUGUUAAAUUGACAGAGGCAAGCAUGCAGAAUAACGAUUUACAGCAUGAGGUUAGCUCUCUGAAAGAAGAGAUAUCACGUUUACGUAGCUCAUUCAAGUCAGGUAUGGCAUUCGGUGUUCAAACACCUACCAAAAGUGCGAAUAGAUUAAGCGUGAAUGACAGUAUAAUUAGUGGUAAUGGAUCACCCUCACAAAUGCCUAAUUUAGUGUCAAUGAACGGUUAUGGAAACCCACCUCCAGUUACCGGACUUGGUAUUGAACCGGAGACAAAGUCUACUAUGACCACUUUGUCACAAAUUAAUGAUGAACUAUACAGACUGCUUGAAGAUACAAGAGACCUAAACACUGAAAUUACUGAAGGCUUGUUAAAAGGCUGUCAAUUCCCAGAUUCUGGUGUGGCAACUAAACUGAGUGAGAGAGAAGUUUUAUAUCCAGCAAGAAUAUUAAUUAUUAUUUUAAGCGAUAUGUGGAGAUUAGGACUAACCAAACAAAGUGAAGGAUUUUUAGCAGAAUCUUUAACAACGAUUCAAAAGGUAGUUCAAUCUUUAAAAGGUGACAACGUUAUUCCAGGAGGUGUUUUCUGGCUAACAAAUGUUCGUGAAUUAUACUCUUUCAUUAUUUUCGCUCAAGAAUCAAUCAUAAAUGAUGAGUCCUACAACAGCGGAUUAACUCAGGAAGAGUAUAAAGAGUACGUUCUUCUAGUGACCGAAUUACGGGAGGAUUUCGAGACUUUAAGCUACAAUGUUUAUAAUAUAUGGCUCAAAAAGCUUCAAAAGAAUUUAUUAAAGAAAGCUAUUCCAGCUGUUAUUGUAUCUGAAUCUUUACCCGGUUUCAAAAAUGAACCAAGUAAGUUUCUCUCUGGCUUUUUUGCAUCAACUCCACAAUACACAAUGGAUGAUAUUUUGACGUUCUUCAAUAACAUUUAUUGGUGCAUGAAAUCUUUCCAUGUUGAACAAGAAAUUUAUCGAGAUACAAUCUUGACAUUGUUGAACUAUAUUGAUGCAAUUUGCUUCAAUGAUUUAAUUAUGAGAAGAAACUUUUUGUCUUGGAAGCGUGGUUUACAAUUGAAUUACAACAUUACAAGAUUGGAAGAAUGGUGUAAAUCUCAUUGCUUACCAGAAGGUCCUGAUUGUUUGGAACAUUUGGUUCAAACUUCGAAACUUUUACAAUUGAGGAAGAAAAAUUUGGAAGAUAUGAAAAUUGCUUGCGACAUUUGUACCAGUUUGAAACCUGCCCAAUUACACAAACUAAUGUCUCAGUAUACUAUAGCUGAUUAUGAAACACCAGUGUCUGCAGAGCUUUUGAACUAUUUUUCGGAAAAGGUCAAACAGGGAGCAUCAUUAUCAUCCGAUGGUAAAUCAAAAGUGCAUAGUGAAGAUAUUUUCUUGAAGCAGGAGACUGGCCCAUUCGACGAUCCGUUUGCCAACGUUGAAACUAGACAAUUCCGCAAAAUUGAAGCAUAUAUUCCAGCUUGGCUAAACUUACCGAAGACGAGACGUGUUGUCGAACUAGUCACCGAACAAGUCACCGUACAGGAAUCAAAUUCCAUAAUGGAUUCUAAUGGAAAGACAGCAUAA